AUGGCCAUUCGCGCCACCAUGGAUCUCUCUGCCAUCUAUGAGAGCCUCCUGUCGCUGAACCCUGACCUCUCAUCCGACCAUGGAGGGACUGAGCCCUCAGCACUUUGGAGCAUAAACUCAUCUGACUCCGUCCCAUCUGGGGUCACUUCUAGCCUGACUGGCCGCUCCGCCAGCCUGAUGGAGGGCCGAAGCUGUGGUUGGGUACCCCAACCCCCUGGUUUCGCACCCUUGGCUCCCCGCCCAGGCCUUGAACUGUCACCCUCACGUACUUCGCCUCCUGCAACUCCCACCACCUCCUCUCUAUACAAGACUGAGCUCUGUCGGACCUACUCAGAGAGCGGGCGUUGUCGAUACGGGGCUAAGUGCCUGUUUGCCCACGGCCUGGGUGAAUUGCGCCAGGCCAAUCGCCAUCCCAACUACAAAACGGAACUCUGCCACAAGUUCUACCUCCAGGGCCGUUGUCCCUAUGGCUCUCGAUGCCACUUCAUCCCCCACCCCAACGAGGACCUGGCUGCUCCGGGCCAGCCCCACGUGCUUCGCCAAAGCAUCAGCUUCUCAGGCUUGCCCUCGGGCCGCAGAACCUCACCACCACCACCUGGCUUUCCUGUCCCUUCCCUGUCCUCUUGCUCCUUCUUGCCCUCCAGCUCCCCACCACCACGUGGGGACCUUCCGCUUUCCCCCUCUGCCUUCUCUGCUGCCCCCUGGUCCCCUGUGACUCGAAGAGACCCUAUUCCAGCAUGUUGCCCCUCCUGCCGAAGGUCUACCCCUAGCACCAUCUGGGGGCCCUUGGGUGGCCUGGCUCGGAGCCCGUCUGCACACUCCCUGGGAUCCGAUCCUGAUGAUUAUGCCAGCAGCGGUAGCAGCCUGAGUGGGUCAGACUCACCCGUCUUUGAGGCUGGGGUGUUUGGGCCUCCCCAGCCCCCUGCACCCCCAAGACGUCUCCCCAUCUUCAAUCGCAUCUCCGUCUCUGAGUGACAAAUGCCUACCCAGUAUGGAUCAGCUAGAUCUCAAGGAGGGUGGCGCUUAUUGCUGUGGGGACCUAGGGAGACUCCUGUUAGUAAGUGCCUCCUCCCUGACAUUCCAGAAAGCAUUAACCCUACCCUGGUGCUGUGCUGGGGCAGGUCCCUAGUUCGCAAGCUCAGUGUUUGGAUUGCUUCCCAGGAUCCCUAAGAUGUAGUAUAUUU